AUGGAGGUUCAGUUAUCUGCCCCCAACGGCAUCAAGUGGACGCAGCCCCUAGGUCUGUUCAUCAACAAUGAAUUUGUCGAGAGUAGUAAUGGCCAGAAGCUGACUACCAUAAACCCUACCACCGCCGAGGACAUCUGCUCCGUCUAUUCGGCCACCACCUCAGACGUCGACAAAGCCGUAGCCGCCGCGCGGGCUGCUUUUCGACACACCUCUUGGAAGCGGCUGUCUGGUACGGAACGCGGUCGUCUCCUGUCCUCCCUGGCCGACCUGGUCGAGGCCCACGCCGAGACGCUGGCCACCAUCGAGACCCUCGACAACGGGAAACCCCUCUCCCUCAGCCGCUCCUGGGACGUGCCCGAAUUCGUUGGCGUCCUGCGCUACUACGCCGGCUGGGCCGACAAGAUCCACGGCCAGACCAUCCCCGUCGGCCCCGACAAGCUGGCCUACACCGUGCGCGUCCCGCGGGGCGUCUGCGCCCAGAUCAUCCCCUGGAACUACCCCCUCGCCAUGGCCGCCUGGAAGCUCGGCCCCGCCCUCGCCGCGGGGAACACCGUGGUCCUCAAACCGGCCGAACAGACCCCUCUCUCCGCCCUCUACGUCGCCCGCCUGAUCGCCGACGCCGGCUUCCCCGCCGGCGUCGUGAACAUCCUCAACGGCCGCGGCCUCGAAGCCGGCGCCGCCCUCGCCGCCCACCCGGACGUCGACAAGCUCGCCUUCACCGGGUCCACCGCCACGGGCCGCGACGUGAUGCGCCUCGCCGCCGGGACGCUCAAGGACGUCACGCUCGAGACGGGCGGCAAGUCCCCGCUCCUUGUCUUCGACGACGCCGACCUCGACCAAGCCGCGCGCUGGGCCCACGAGGGCAUCAUGGCCAACCAGGGCCAGGUGUGCACCGCCACCUCGCGCCUCCUCGUGCACGCCUCCGUCCACGACGCCUUGGUCGCCCGCUUCCGCGACCUCGUCCGCCACGUCUCCGUCGUCGGCGACCCGUUCGACCGGGAUACCUACCAGGGCCCGCAGAUCACCCGCGCCCAGCUCGACCGCAUCCUCUCCUACGUCGACUCGGCGCGUGAAGAGGGCGCCGUGGUCGCCAUGGGCGGCGGGCCCGCCACACCGUCACCGCCUCCGUCGUCGUCGGCGUCGGCGUCGGCGUCGGCGUCUCGCGGGUACUUCGUCCAGCCCACCGUGCUCACCGGCGUGCGCCCGCACAUGCGCGUCUUCCGCGAGGAGAUCUUCGGGCCCUGCGUGGCGGUGACGCCGUUCGAGGACGAGGACGAGGCGGUCCGCCUCGCCAACGAUUCCGUCUACGGGCUCGCUGCUGCGGUUUUCACGCGCGACAUGGCCCGCGCGCACCGCGUCGCUGCCGAGCUGGACGCCGGCAUGGUCUGGGUGAACAGCAGCAACGACUCGGAUUACCGCGUACCCUUUGGCGGCGUUAAGCAGAGCGGGGUGGGGCGGGAGCUGGGCGAGGCCGGCUUGGAGGCGUACACGAGUGUCAAGGCCGUGCAUGUUAAUCUGACUUCGAAUUGA